UGAGUGCAUUCCGGGCUGAGAAAUAUGGGAUAUACCGGCUCCAAACAUAUCAGACGCGCGGGAUACUACGAAAACACGAGCGUCGGGAAAUACAGGGGACUAUGCAGCCCAUGCCGUUGACCGUUACCAAUGCUGAUCCUCAAGAAGAUUGGCCACAUUUGGCCCUGAAGUGAACAGUUUGGGUAUAGACCUGAUGUAAAAUUCCCACUUGAGUAAUGGCGUAUCCAGGAGCUAGCUGACUUCAAUGAAAACUUUUCCGAUGUGGAAAAUCUCGUUAAGACAAUCACUUGGUUUGUAGAGAGUCACUAACAGGCUCCGAAGUGGCGUAAGCAGCCAGCCCUUUCUUGCUCUUGGCAAAAUAUCCUUUAAUCCUAACGAAUCUCUCGCCGUGUCGUUGUUUAAUGGCUUAUCAACCCCCUCGAAGUCGGUUGUUUUACAAAUGGAGCUACUAUUUAGCAACAAGCACGAUAUGAACUUACCUAUGAGAUAAGCUUCAAAAAACUUUCAUUCUUUUGACAUCAUUCAAAUUUGCUUGAAUCGCCGAGUCUUUGAGGUAAACAGAACGCCAUGUAUGGACGGGCCGAGCCACGUCAGCAACCUGGAUAUGCCUGUGAAGAAUGCCGUAAGAAAAAGCUUCGGUGCGACAGGCAGCGUCCACAAUGCGGUGCAUGCGCAAAUGCUCAGAUUCAAUGCGAAGUAAACGACCGUCGUGUACCUCGCGGUCCCAAGAAAGGGAGCAUAGGUGCUCUACGUAGUCGUAUCGUAGCACUCGAGCGCCGUCUCUCCACAUCACAAAACGAGGACGGCGAUGGACAGGAACUCAGUUUGACGAGUGAAUCGCCAGUAAAAGAGAAUGCCUCAGCUCAGUUUCCUUUGCCAGACUGGGACAUAACGCAACAUGAACAUCCGUCAGGUAACUCGAUACCUCUGGCUUGGGGACCACCGCCAGAUGGCUUGCCUCGUUCUCCGCUACUAUUCCCCGAUGUGUCGGUCUUACCUACCAUCGCAGCAUCCUAUCCGUCACCGAAACAGAGUCCCCCUUCCAUUGGCGAUGUUUAUGUACCAGAUCUCGCGAAAGCUGACUUGAUACAACUAUAUUUUGAUCGUGUUCAACCAAUUAUUCCCAUCCUUAACAAGCCGAAAACUUUCAGAUGGAUGAAUGACAGUCAUAAUAUGAGCGAGGCACAGCAAUGCCUACAGUAUGCUAUGUGGACGUCCGCUACCGCCUUUUCGAGCCAGUUCAGUGGGUUUCAGGAGACUAUGUACGCCAAAACCCGGUUCAUGCUUGAUCAGCUAGACUUAAGUGGCAAUGACGCUUUAGUCUGCCAUAUAGAACAUGUUCAAGCGUGGAUUCUGAUCACUUUCUACGAGUUUUCUAGAACGAAUUACCGUCGCGGUUGGCUUAGCGCCGGUCGAGUAUUUCGUUUAGUGCAAUUCUUAAGGCUCUACGACCUCGAUAGCCCUAAACCCUUAGGAGCAGAACACGAGGAGGACCCGAUUUCAAUAGAAGAGAAGAGACGCACUUUUUGGAUUGCCUACUGCCUUGACCGGUUUAUCAGCGUCAGCGAGGGCGCACCAAUGACGUUAAGCGAGGAAGUGGUCUAUACACGUCUUCCAUGUCUGGAUAUUGAUUUCCAGAGGGGUCUUGUACCACAGGAGUGCUUCCUCGCAGAGACCAUGUCUUCUGCAGAAAUAAGACCAUAUGCGCCACUAGCGGAAUGCGUCAUCCUGGUUACAAUCUGCAGUAGAGCGCUAUCCCAUAAGCAGAUAUACACGAUAGAAACACUGUACAGCAAUAUUCCCCUCGAUUUCGCCUCGAGGCACGAUUGGUUAGACGGCAUGCUGACACGCCGGCUGAAUAAUCUACAAGCCAACUACCCCUCGAUAACUGUAGCUGAGAACCCCAUGAUUAUCUUCUCAUACAUGGUUGCUCACGCAGCCGUCAUCUAUCUAUGUCGGAUUGUUGAGUCGUUAUCGAGGAAUGACCAAAACCAAACUGUGGUAUGGGAAUUUCAAGAGCGCGGAUUCUGGGCAGCCCAAGAAAUUGCUCGCCUGGCAAAGGAGCAUGAACAUCUUGGCUACUUCAAGGCACACACAUUUAUGCCUCUUACGAUCUACUUAAGCGCAACCAGACUUGCGAAACACCUCGAGAUCCGAAAAGGCGACCUGGAAACGAAUCAGGCUCGGGUCGUGGAGAAUUCACUUCACAUCUCCAUCGAUGCAUUGCAGAAGCUUCAGUCUGUGAACAAUCUCGCCAACUACUAUUUACAACUUUUGUAGCCAUUGGUAGUUGGUAGUAUACACUCCUAGGCUGGCCAUGGGAUGAUGAUAGGUAUGCGCCCCGCCCCACCGUUUCUUGAAGACGAAUGGGGGUUGAAAUUGGUAUAUCCCCGUUGGAGCACAUGCGAGUCUGCGAGCAAAAUCAAUUGACAUUAAUCAUAUUGUCCCUAGAAUAUAAACUUGGAUAACUUGAAAAGUAAAAUUAAUUAAACAAGCAGUAGUCGUCAUUCAAUGCAAUAAAUUUUAACGUGCGCGUCCCUUUGUAUGCCCCAUCAUAAUCGAGUAUUUCUCAUCAACACCACUACC